AUGACAUUUUCUCUCAUCUUCACCACUUUUCGAAUUUCCAAUACUGCCCUUGUCACCCACUACCACACUCUCAAACCUAACAAACCCGAAGUAUGGUUCGUCAACAUCGUUUCAACGCUCUUUCUUCGCUCCACAAACUCAUUCGACGCUACAUUUUCGCGUUACGUUACUAACCACAUAACCCCUUCACUUACAUUACAAGUUAUCAAAAGGCUAAACAAUCCUCAAUUAGGUUUCAGCUUUUUCCAGUUUACCAAACAAAGAUUGAACCUUUCUUAUUCAUUUUGGACUUACAAUUUUCUUCUAAGGUCCCUUUGUCAACAGCAUCAACAUGAUUCAGCAAAACUUGUUUAUCAUUCCAUGAGGUCUGAUGGGUUGUUGCCUGAUAGUAGGUUGUUGGGAUUUUUGGUUUCUUCUUUUGCAUUUGCUGAUAGGUUUGAUGUUUCCAAGGAGUUUCUUUGUGACGCAUUGUGUAAUAAGGUUGAUGUAAAUGUUGUUGUUUAUAAUAACUUUCUUAACAUUUUGGUUAAAUGUAAUAGGUUAGAUGAUGCUGUUUGUUUUUUUAGGGAGCUUGUUAGAUUCAAUUUCGAUAUAGAUAUUUUCACAUUCAAUAUUUUGAUUAGAGGUUUUUGCGCUGUUGGAGAAAUCGACGAGGCUUUUAGGUUUUUGAAUGAUAUGAUAAGUUUUGGUUGUUAUCCCGAUGUUGUUAGUUAUAAUACUCUUAUACAUGGUUUAUGUAGAAUAAAUGAGGUGGAUAGAGCUGUUAGAAUCAAAUGCUGGAAAACUUACUUAAUUGAAUAA